UAUGUGACAGCGUAUCACUUUCAACCUGCGGUGUUUCACAUUACGGUUUCUGUUUUUUCUCCACUCUUGACUGUAUUACCAAAGCCUCUGCGGUCGAAUCGUCCCCGCCCUCCGGGUUCAAGCGAUGGGAGCUCCUAAAGCGGGAUCCCCAUUUGCCUUGGCUCCAGCCCAGAUGAUCUGAAGUUCUGUUGAGGACCAGAAAAGAGAGGGGGCUUGGCUACGGGAAACGUGGACUUGAUGCUAUCAUGUCCAGACAGCAGCAUGUUCUCUCCAGAUUUGGAAACUGAUACCACUGCGGAAGACACAGCGCCCAACACCCCCAAUGAUGGAGACGAUGCACCCGCCAGCAUUGACGUACUGGAGGAGCAGCGGCCUGCGAGGCAGUCCCUGAGUGCCUGUAUGUGUCGAGAGUCCCACUGGCGCUGCCUUCUGCUCUCCCUGCUGAUGUACAGCUGCCUGGGCGCUGUGGCUUGGUGCCAGCUCACCCGAGUCACCAAGCUCAGCUUCGACUCAUCUGUCACAUCCCUGACCUCCAUUUCCUCACUCGAGGGGGUUGGCAUGGGAGGACGCUCUAUGAUUUACCAUGACAGCCCCUGCUCUGACGGCUAUGUGUACAUCCCUCUGGCCUUCCUGUUCAUGCUCUAUGUCGUCUACCUGGUAGAGUGCUGGCACUGCCGGUCUCGUAGUGAGCUACAGUGUAAGGCUGAUGUGGAUAGCGUGUAUGAGCAGGUAUUGAGGAUGCGACAGGCCCGUCCGUGUGUUUGGUGGAAGGCCAUAAGUUAUCAUUUUGUUCGGAGGACCAGACAGGUGACCCGCUACCGGAACGGCGAAGCCUACACCACCACCCAGGUCUACCAUGAGCGGGUCAACACACACGUGGGUGAGGGAGAGUUUGAAUACAGUCGCUGUGGUAUGCAGGACGUCUCACGAGAUCUACGUGGACUGGAGAGCCACCCGGCAACGAGACUUCGUUUCACCAAGUGCUUCAGUUUCACUGGGGCUGGACCAGAAAAUAAUUACCUCAACCAACGUGCCAGGUUCUUCUCAGAGAUUGAGGGUUUGGAUGACUACAUGGAGGCUCGAGAAGGGAUGCAACUGAAAAACGUGGACUUUAAAGAGCAUCUGAUAGCCUACGUGGACCCUGACCGGUUGCCCUGGUAUACUUCUCAGGUGGCUUUCUGGUUCGCUGCUCUGCUCAUGCUGUCCUGGCCCCUGAGGGUGUUUAUAGAGUACCGUACAGCUUUUCUGCACUACCAUGUUGAGAAGCUCUUUGGGCUGGAGUACAGCCACAGCAGCCCCUCUCCAAUAGAGGAGGUUCCCAUCAGGAGUGGUCUCCCUCGGGUAGAUACCGUGGACAGCACUGAGCUGGAGUGGCACAUCCGCUCCAACCGCCAGUUGAUCCCCAGCUACUCAGAGGCCAUGCUGAUGAACCUGGCGUCUUCAGACUCUGGUACAGCUGAUGAAAUCAGGUCCUCUAACUGCUUCCUGCUGGACAGCCACCCAGCCCAGAGCUAUGGCACGCUGGUGCAGGACUGUGAGCACUGCUGCCAGCUGCAGGGUGAGGUUGGACAGAGGCGGGCCACCACCAGCUCCAGCUGUUCCUCCAUCUUCUCCCGUCAUGCCUUUCACUCCCGCCUAUCCCUGGACACCUCACGCUUCUCACUGUGCCGCAUGUACGGCUCUCUGCGCACCGUGGGCCUGUGGAGGAGCCGCAGCAGCACACUGACUGACCGCUGCUGUGUGGACGAGCAGUGCUGCAAUUCCUAUUCCAGCCAGCUGGCUCUCAACGAGAGCCCACCCACCUACCGGGACGCACACUUCUUCCCCGUCCUCAUUGUGCACCGGCCCGAGGGCUGCGGUAGUGGUGACUCCACCACAGAGGUGCGUCGGUACUAUGUCCACCGGGGGUCCUGCUGCCUGGAGACCUCACUCUGAGGGACCAAGAGACAUUUGACUGAUUCAGUAACAAUAUAUUCCAAAUAAGAGGUUGUGAGAGUCCAAGAGCAUACAAAGACACUGUUCUUUUGACAGCACUGAAAGUGUGUUACUCACUAUAGGUGAAUGGUUCAACAUGUUUUAUAAAUUCUAUUGUUAUUAGAAAGUAUUGACUGUAUUUCAAAGGUUCUUGUAAAACUGAUGUCUAAGUUGCUGACAGAGUUUUUGACUUUCUUCCAAUCACAAAGAUAAUUUUCCGUUAGGACCUCUGGAUGUUGCAUUGCUUUUAUUGAUACUUGAAUUCUGACACUUCAAUCACCAUUAAUUUAAUGAUGUUUUGUCUCCCUGUGCCUAGUCAAUAGAUUUAAAAAAUGUUAGUCUGCUGUGAAUAUUCCAGAUAUUACAUGUACCUUUUCAAAUGUUAAAAAACAACAACACUAUUGAAGUCACACAUAUAUCUAUUUAUGUGAGAGUUUGAAUAAUAUGAAUUAUUAAUUAUAAUCUAUUAUUAUUAAUAUUAAUAAUAUUAAUAAUUUGUUACAACAAAUGCAAGCUAGGUUCAAAAGCUAACAUAAGCAUCCAUGCCUAUAGUCUCAAGGGAGCAUGUUGAGAUACUUACUCCAAUUCUCAAAGUUAGUUUAAAAGGUGAAUUGUAAUCUAUUUGUGAGUCCAAAGCAGUUCAAUUAUUGAUACAGAUUAUUUUAAUAGAAAUCAUGAUGAGAUAAUAUUGCUUUAUAAAUUAGAAUUAUAUUGCAAAAUAACUUGAUUGGAUUAAAUCUGGAGUUUGAACAAAGUGAUUGACAACAUUUUAAAAGCAU